CCCUUGCCAGUAAGAAGACAAACAAGACGACGACCCGGAUGUCGCUCGUACAUGUGUCCCAGCCUAAGAAGGACCGGUUGCCAGAUUCGAGGGGCGGGCGUGCUGUGGAAACUGAAUUGAUCGAACUGUGCCGUCUCCGAGCGUCCACUCGACACUGGGAGUUGUUGCGAAACCGGAUCCCUUCUGAUUGUGCCGGAUAGUGUAUGCCACGGAUGUUCAGAAAACGAAGAGUUAUCUAGGGGUUGCUUUUUUCCAAGAGCUUAGCGCUUCAUCGAGGUAUCCUGUCUGAUGCAACGUCGUAAAAUCCUCCAGUGAGGAUCACUUCUAGUGCAAAACUUCGAGUUCCCUUCUGUUAAUUCGAAAAGACACCAGCAUAGCCAUUUGCGGAACAAUCGCCACCGUUGCUGCUUACUGUCAAGGAUUUGGAAACUCAUCGUGUCGAAGUUCUUUUGUUUUUCAGAACUGCACUUUCGAACGCCAACAGUUCCCAACAAAGCCAGCAAAGCAGGAUCUGCCGUCUGUCGAGUAGUUCGAUUCGGCAGCACCGAGGGUUCCCUUCUGUUUGUUCCCAGAUUACAUUUCAGAGGGAAGUUCAUUUUCUGACGUCUGCUCAGGUAUCUGCUUCGAUCUUCCCUUCAUCGUGUGCUACUCCGUCAAAACCGCAGUUCAUACCACGCAGCCAUGUUCCCCUUCGUGAUCGAAAUCCUCCUGUGUAUCGUCAAGGUCCUGGGCACCAUCUACGACGUCGUCACACUCCCGGUGUACACCGUCCUUCAGCAGCCCUGGGUGUACUGGAAGCGUAAGCGGAUGUGCUUCGCCAAGCCCAUAAUCGAAGGAGACCCGUCGUCUCCCUACCACCUCCUGCGCAACUCGGAGGUAGAGAACCUUAAGGGAGUCCAGACGCUGGACGAACUCGUGCGCAGGGCUAUCCGGUCUCACGCCAAGCGACCAGCGCUGGGCACAAGACGCGUGCUGGGGCGAAGAGACGAGGUUCAGCCUAACGGCAAGGUGUUCAAGAAGCUCGUGCUGGGAGAGUACGAGUGGCUGACGUACGAGGAGGUGGAUCGAAAGGUCGACCUGACCGCUCGCGGUCUUCUUUCCAUCGGCGCGCGGCCGCGACAGUUCGUGGCAAUCCUGGCGGAGACGCGGGCCGAGUGGUUGCUGACGGCGCAAGCUUGCUUCCGCACCAACAUCCCGCUGGUGACGCUGUACGCGACGCUCAGCAACGACGACAUCGUGAGCGCCGUCAACGUGACCGAGGUGACGCACCUGGUCACCUCGUCGGACCUCCUGACACGAGUGGUCAGCAUCGUGGCCAAGAUGCCGUCGCUGACACAUAUCGUGUGCAUGGAGAGCCCGAAUGCCAAACCGCCAGGUCCCUUUGCCAAGGGACCACAGGUCAUCCCAUUCUCAAGCCUGGAAGAAAGGGGUGCCAAACGCAAACUCGAAGAGUGCUCGCCCUCGCCGGACGACGUCGCGAUCGUCAUGUUUACCAGCGGCUCAUUGGGGAGGCCAAAGGGCGUCAUGGUGUUGCACAGAAACCUGGUAUCGGCCUUGAACGGCUUUGCCGUCGUGUGCGACCAAUUUGGGGCGUACACUAGUGACGACGCCUAUCUCGCCUGCCUGCCCCUGGCUCACGUGCUCGAGCUGGUGACCGAGACGCUUCUCUUCGGCGCCGGUGCGCGCAUUGGCUACUCGUCCCCGCUGACCAUCACCGACAACUCCACCGCCGUGGCCAAGGGCUGCCGAGGAGACGUGACCCUUCUGCAGCCUACUCUCAUGGUCUGCGUGCCCCUCAUAGUAGACCGUCUACGCAAGGGCGUCAACGAGGUGGCCGCAUCGAAGGGACCCGUCUUCAAGGCCCUGUUCGACUACGCCGUCCAGUAUAAGAACUUCUGGCUCGACCUCGGCUUCGACACGCCGCUCCUCAACCAGCUAGUUUUCAAGCACGUGCGCCUCUUGUUGGGUCCCAACCUGAAGGUCCUCGCCUGCGGCUCGGCGCCCCUAUCAAGCUACACGCGACAGUUUGUGAGGGCCUGCAUGGGCUGUCGUGUCAUCGAGGGCUACGGUACAACCGAAACCAACGGCGGGGGUAGCUUCAUGAACGCCGACGACGCCAGCGCGGACCGCGUGGGUGCGCCACUUCCCGGCUGCUACAUCAAGCUAGUCGACUGGGACGAAGGCAACUACCGGACGACGGACAAGCCCAACCCUCGCGGCGAGGUCGUCGUCGGUGGCCCCUGCGUUGCAAAGGGCUACUUCAAGGACGACGAGCUCACGAAGGAGUUCUUCACGGAGGAAGGCGGCAUCCGCUGGUUCUACUCGGGCGACAUCGGCGAGAUAUUUCCCGACGGCACGCUCAAGAUCGUGGAUCGCAAGAAGGACCUGGUCAAGCUGCAGUUCGGCGAGUACAUCUCGCUGGGCCGCGUCGAGUCGGUGCUCAAGACGUGCCCGCUCGUCGACAACAUGUUCGUGUACGGCAACUCACUGCGCACGUAUCUGGUGGCCCUCGUGGCUCCCAACUACAAGCAUCUCCAACGCAUUGCGCGAGAGCUGGGCAGGGGUGACGACGUGUCUGACGCCUCGCUGAGAGAACUCUGUCAGGACAACGAGGUGGCCAAGGCCGCCGAGGAGGAGAUUCUUGCGUAUGCGCGCUCCAGCGAUCUCUUGAAGACCGAGGUUCCGGCAAGGGUGAAACUGUGCGCCGAAGAAUGGACGCCGGACUCGGGGCUUGUGACGGCCACGUACAAGAUUCGCAGGAAGCCCUUGCAAACCUUCUACCAGCGAGACAUCGACGCAAUGUACGGGCCAUCGGAGGAGAGCAAACUGCGUCGUGCGUGAGAUUGUUCGCGCAUGUACAACCGAUUCAGAGGACCAUGUGGGGCGCGUGUGCGACGUGGAAAAGCUGAAAACGGCAAGAAAACAGCAGAUACCAGGCGCGUUCUCAUCGUCACAUAAACAGUAGUGCAAGGGUUAACGCGUACUUUCCAGGAGAUGUAUAACAUUACCCUACUUUCUUUGUAAAAUAAAAAAUGUGGACAGAAUAAGCUCUCACAGCCACUGAA